UCAGUGUUGUUGGUGAGGAGUCUAAGACAGCAUGAAGUCAUCUGGACGUCACCGUGGAUGAAGCAGCAGACUCGCCCACAGAUUUACGACAAACACGCCUUCCAUGUUCAUGGCGGUGGGAGGAAAGGUGUCUGAGCUGGAAUCCCCCACCGUGGUUCUGUUUGAUUUAAGGUCGGCGGCUCUCCCAGCGUCCUGCUGGUCGAGGCAUUUUAUGGCGGCUCUCACAAACAGCUGAUCGACCUUCUGAAGGAGAACACAGACGGCUGCUCCCUCUUCACGCUGCCCGCCAAGAAAUGGCACUGGAGAGCGAGAACAGCAGCUCUGUACUUCAGCCAGACCAUUCCUGCCUGUUCAUCAUACAGGUUAGAGGCACUCAUGUAUCAUCAUGCAGACACCUCAGGGUUCUGUUUAGCAGCUCGGUUCUGAACCUGUGUGAGCUGGUGGCUCUCAGGCCCGAUCUAGCCCAGCUGAAGAAGGUCCUGUACUUCCACGAGAACCAGCUGGUCUAUCCAGUCCGUAAAGACCAGGAGAGAGACUUCCAGUAUGGAUACAACCAGGUGCUCUCAUGCCUGGUGUCAGAUGUGGUGGUCUUUAACUCCCGCUUCAACAUGGAGUCCUUCCUGUCCUCCAUCCUGUCCUUCAUGAAGAAGAUCCCAGACCACAGACCCAAAAACCUGGACCGGCUGAUCCGUCCAAAGUGUGUGGUUCUGAGCUACCCGGUCCAGUUCCCUGACGUCAGCAGUCUGCUGCCUGAACACAAACUGAGACAUCUUUGCCGCUCUGCAGAGACGUUGCAGAGUGAUCAUCGUAUCUUCAAGGCGCAGACCAGUCAGCCGCAGACGUCGCGGUGUGAGGAGGAUCCAGUGCAGUCUUCUUCUGAGCCCAGAAGCGUUCUGACACCUGUUCAGCACUCAGAGUCUGUGGACCAGGUGAACCCUCUACACAUCGUGUGGCCUCAUAGGUGGGAACACGACAAGAACCCUGAGAUGUUCUUCAACACUCUGAUCAAACUGAAGGAAAAACAGCUGGAUUUCAAGCUGUCAGUGCUGGGAGAGACCUUCACUGAUGUGCCAGAGAUAUUCUCCUCUUCCCAGCAUCUCCUCCAGUCACACAUCCUGAACUGGGGCUUCCUGUCCAGUAAGGACCAGUAUCUGAAGGUACUGUGUGACGCGGACGUGGUCGUCUCCACCUCCAAACACGAGUUCUUCGGAGUAGCCAUGUUGGAAGCUGUUCACUGUGGAUGUUUCCCUCUGUGUCCAAAGGCUCUGGUGUAUCCAGAAAUAUUCCCAGAUCAGUACCUGUACUCGACUCCUGAGCAGCUCUGUAAACGGCUGCAGGAACUCUGCAGGAUACCUGACAUCGCCCGUAGACACAUCGUCAUGGUGGACACCUCUUUGUACUCCUGGACCUCCCUGAAGCCACAGUUCCAGGCUCUGCUGUCUGUUGAAAGUCCCUAAAUAAAGAAAAAUGCUGGGUUCUAUAACUUCCUCUGAGGUUUGGAUCAGAGCAAGUUCUAGUCAGAGCUUGGGUGGAUCAGAGUGAACUUUAAGACAGUCUGGAUCUAUAUUGAGAUUAAAGACUCUGAUUGUGGACCAGAAAUAUUCCAUCCUCCUUAUGCCCUGAACGCAGCAUCUCACUGCAGGAUCAAGGAGCUGGGUCCAUGACUCUGAAUCUUCAAUGGAUUUCCAGAUGUUUUUCAUUGAACAGAGUUCUGCUGUGAACAAAUGUCUGUAAAGGUUAAUUUCACACAAAGUUCUUACUGUUUUUGAUAAAAAGACCUAAAAAAAAGUUGAUCAAUAAUUUAAUUAAGUCAGUUUCUGUUAAUCAUCUGAUGUGUAAACAGGCGUAGAUGAUGGAUAACAAACGACAAAAUCCAGCUAGACCUGCACUCUGCUAUGAAAGGGAUCGGGUCAGGACCCGCCCACAUCCGGCCCAGGACAUUUCCUACCGGGGCCCUGCAGUCCCAGCAAAGGUUUUCUUCUAUGAACCUCAUAAGACGUGUCCAAUUUAAUGCGGACUGGACUUUCCUCUACAGAGGACGCCCCUGUGAAUCAUAUAUAUAUAGAUAUAUAUCUAUAUAUAUAAUGCAAACAUUGGCCUAAAAUUAAAAAGAAAUUCACAAAAAAUACAGAAUUGGUCCCAAAAUCUGAAAAGUAAUCCAGCGCUUUUUUUUUUUUAUUGCCUCUAGAUCUAGGAUCUAUUAAUAAUUGUCAUUAGCAGCUAGCAUGGAUAUGUUAUAUACUCCCAUAAGGAAAGGGAAGCACAGAUUCAAAUAAUUAGAAUGAUCUGGUUAUUUAAAAUUAUUUUACAAGUUUAAAGGUCAGAUUUUUACUUGUUCUUUUACUGUUUAUGAACCAUUCCUACUUUAUUACCCCAUUAGAGAUGUAGCCUUAGGAGACGCCUCCACGUGUGCAAGUUUUUGGCAAAAUCUGUUCAGUCAUUUUGCACAAAAAAAAAAUCUCUUCAUAUUGUGUGGAAUAUUAACCAUAUUAGGUACAUUACCUAAGGAGAGUGAUGGGAACAACAGUGUUAAAAUUAACCAUGUUUUUCAGUAAGGAAUAAUCAAACUAAUGACUUUUUCCAUCGGGGAAGUUCAGACACUACUUUAGUCUCAUUGAGGUGAAAGGAAAGAACGUACAUGUGAAGUAAAUAUUAAACAUUUGGUUUAUGUAAUUCCACUUUAUAAAACUGGCUUAUAAAAUCUUAGAAAAAAAUCUAAACUCGUAGACAAAUUUAAACUAAAAAAAGUAAUGCAAUAGUUACUUUUCCUGUCAACUUGUUACUUUUAUAGUGGAGUAACUCAAUUACAAACGCCGUUACUUUUUGGGAUCAGUAAACUAUAACUAAUUACUUUUUUAAAGUAACAUGCCCAUAAAUUGAUAGAAGAGUAUCAUUAAACUAUCUGUUGCAAUGUUGGGGGUUUGCUGAACUAAUUGUUUGCGUUUCUAGCAUUGAAACUUUCCUUGAGUGAGUUUCAAAAAUCUCCUUCCUUUGAAGGUUACGGUAUGAGUUUAAUCGGAGGAGAAAAAGGAGAGCAGGUACUGUAGGGUUCAUGCUCCACUGGAUGGAAGCUUCUGCAGGCUUGAGUCCCUAAAGAUCAUCAAUUUUUCCAUUGAAGUUUAAAUCAAACUUGUAAAAUAAAGAGUUCGGAAAGGUUCAGUUAGAGUCUUUGAUCAAUCAUCACUAAAUCCUGAAUAAAUUAUCUUUUGAAAGCAGAGUCCUCUAUGCCUGACUGUCCCUGAACACCUCCAAAGAAGGUCAUCAGUCAGAGCAGGCUGCUCCCUUAGUUUAAUCUGGAGCAGCAGACUUUAAAGCAGACCUAAAGGUGAAGCUGGAAGGAACAUGGAGCUCCUCUGAUUUGAACCCAUUUAAUCUCUAACCACAGUCUGUUUUUCUUGAAAGAGCUUUCACAAAGCUGGAACAGUUUAUAAGUCAUUUACAGAGAAGAACCAGAACAAUACCAGGUUUCUGUUCAAUACUCAUGUCCAUAAGGGGCCAAAAAAGCAAAAAUAGACUGUUAAAUAGACUUGAGAUAAAAGUGGAUGUUAAAUAAAUCCUGUUUUAUUUCUGCCACUGAGAUAAGUGUUUCAGAAUGAUGCACAUGUUCCAGCUUGAAUAAAAAGGACCCGACUCUGGUUCAGAGUGAGGAGAUCUUCCAUCAGAGACAGAAACCGUUUGCUGCUUCAAGGCUUCUCUGCAGACUGACGUAUUAUCACAAACAGCAGCCUCCAUGAUGCUGCAGGAGGAAAGCUGUUUGUUUCUGCAGAGCUCUGAUUGAGAGCCUGACUCCUCUGGCAUCAAACCGCCGAACUCCUCCUGACGUCGGUCCCUCAGAGAGCAACGUACAGACCGGUUCACACGGACUACAGUCGCUGUAAACGGUUAAGUCUUCUGUGCUACUGGUUCCUCCAUCAGGAUGGCAGGAAACGCUGCUGGUCCUCAGCAUCCAGGACUCAGAAGAGGAACAAGCAGUGAUGGCGGAUGGCAGAAGACAACAAUGUCCAGCAGUGGACAGCAGCUGUGAGACACGUUAGAACCCAACAUGUGAAAACCAUGGAGACGGGUCGAGUCACAAUGAGGAUGGAAUAAAAAUGACAGAAUUAAAAAGAAAUUAAACAUUUCAGAAACCCUAGUUCUGGUUCUGAGUAUACAGAACCUUGGUUUUUAUUAUAAGUUUAUCUGAAUUCUGAUUUUUAAAUAAGCCAUUUCCUGUCUGUUUAAAGUUGUAGGACCUGGCUGAUGGUUCUCGUGGAUCUUUGGUUCUGAGUGGUGCUCUAAGCAGGCGGAGUGGUUCUGAUUAAGCUUUUUGAAGUGGACCGGGUCUCAACCCAGUUUUGUCAGAACAGCAGGAGAUCUGAGGCAUUGAUAUAAUUAACAGUUUUAUCAUGUUGAUCUGCCUCAUACGACCAUGAAGAAGAUGAUGGGAAGAAGGAGGUCAGCUGAAGUCUCAAGAGUCUGAUGACUCAAUAACAGCUGAUAAUUGGAUCAGAUUAAUUCGAUUAAUGACAGUGAAUGAUCCGGGUUUGUCUGAACAAACUGAACAAUGGCUGCAGACUGAAAUCAGGACAUUAAAAACAUAAGAUUUUUCUUUAUUUUCUCCUCUGUCUCUUUUUCUAUUGUCUUUUUUCAUUUUUCUUCUUCCCUCGGUUGUUUGUUCUGAGCCAAUCAGGUUUGAGCGUGGGAACCCCUUCUUCUGAAUAGUUGCUUGCAUUCAUCAACAGCUGAGGCAGCUAAAGCUCACCUGGAACACCACACCUGUCUGCCGUCCCACCACUGUUCCCAGGCCUGCUCCCUGCAGGUUUCAUGGUUCAGGCUGUUGUUCUAACAGCAGUCAGUAGGUCAACCGUUAAAUGACCUGUUGUGGUUCUGAUCCUGAGCCCAGGAUCCAGUGUGCCCAUAAACAGUUAACAGGCUGUGACUUAAAAAGAUUUGUCCCACAACAUGUCAUCAGUGCUCCAUGAACGAGGCGAACACAAGAAUAUUCCUGCAGCUCAUUAUGGAGCUGAAGCUGAUCCAGUCUGACACUCUCAGAAUCAAUGAGGAUCAGAGUUUAAAGAGGAAGUACAGCACGCAGCCCGGUUCUGACUUGGGCUUAGUACAUGACGGAAGCUCCUCUCUGUGGCACGGUGCUGGUGUUGAUCCAGUUCAUUUUAUCAGAGCCAAGAAGUUAAAUAAACAUAUCUGCUCCAUCAACAGUAAAAACUGCCUGCUGAUGGACCAGGUAUCACCAAGGUGCAUGUCCUGAACCAGAACCAGACCCAGAACUGCUUUUAUUUGAGUAAUCAAAGAAAUAAAAACUGAGAUUUUUAGAUUCAAUUUCAAAGAGAUGGACGCAGCUCAGAGAUCAGACUGACACCAUGUAGAGGUGUGUGUGUGUGUGUGUGUCUGUGUGUGUGUGUGUCUGUGUGUCUGUGUCUGUGUGUGUGUGUGUGUGUGUGGACACACUCAGUAGUUUAAUAAAUGAGGCCUCAGGGGAGUGUUAUUAUGAGGAGGAGCACUGAGCAGACUCAGUACCCUCAGGCCCGGCUGAUGCGAUCCGGAUCAGUGUCGCCUCUCUUGACGAGCGGCUGCAGACGUCAAAGUUUAUUAACAAGCUGAGGCAGAGGGCCGUUGGAACGCUAGGCUGCAGGGCGGGCUGUAACUGGGUCAGAAUCAUUUACUCCUGGAGGAUUCUUUAGAACCUGAUCCAUCUGUACUCUGAGGUGAGGUUGUUAGUGGAUUUGAGACGGUCAUGAGCAGGUCCACCAGGAUUCCAUCUUGUCCUGACUGUUCACUGACAGGUGGGUCCAUGAUGAGCAGAACCUAAUCCACUUGUAACUUUGAUUCUUUGGACUAUAUCCAGACCCCUAUAGAGUUCUGAUUCUGUCCAAGCCUGCUUGAGACACGUGAGGAGGAAACUAGGCUGGUUUCUCUCAGACCAUCUAACAGUUGGACCCACAGAACCUCAGUCAGGAGUAAAACAAAACUAUGAAUAGGUAAGAAUCAGCAUUGGUCUUUCUGAUGGUUCUUGUUAAGAACCAGAACCUGGAGAAGAACCAAUUUCACCAGCAGUGAAAUGCUCCUUUAGUAACAUCUUUCCUUCUUUGUUUGUUUUUUUUUUUUUUUUUGCUGCUGAAGGAGAACCAGAACCAGGAGAAAGAACCAGAAAGAAUCUUUAAUAAGAUGUUUCCUUAUUUGUUUUUCUGCUGCUGUA